CUGGAGCUCCCCAGCCGCUCCGGAGAACUGGGGGAGCUGGGUCCCUGGCAAGGUAACCCGUGGUCCCGCGGUAGUUACAGGCGGGCCCCACGGGUGGGUGUGUCCGUUUCCGCACGCCAGCCUUCCAGCCCGGGAAGAGCGCCUGCAAGCGGGUACUUUGUUCCCAAAGAUGGGUUUUGUCUGCGGGUGAUUCGGGCUCUCGAAGUGCAACUUUGUGGCCGGGACGCGUAUCGGCCGGCCUGGGCUCCUGCAGAGCAGAUCCUGUCUGCGUCCUCCAGGAGGAGUGGGUGGCAGGACUGGGGUUUCCCACAGGUUUUGGGGCGGCGGCGAGAUUGGAACCGUCCGGGGUCGCAGGCGCGCAGCGACGCCUCUGGAAACCCGCCCCCGCCCCCGCCCCCGCCCCCGCCCCCGCCCCCAACCCGCCUCUUCGGGGCUUUCUGGCUUGAGGUUUGGGGCUGGGAUCCAUCUGGAGCCGAGCAGAAAACUUUUCCCCUCCCAUUCCCGGUCCCUUUUGUCUUUCUUGGCCGCGGUGGCGACGCCGCCUGAGCGGCGACUCCCUUUCCCUUGCCCUGCUCGGUGCGCCCGGUGCCCUCAGAGGGCAGGCGCGCCUGGACUGCGCUCCCGGAUGGCGGCGGCCCGCUGUGAGCACCGGCAGGGGCGCGUCCCCUGCCCCGAGGCCGCCGGUGCCCCCCCGGCGCGGGCAUAGGGGUGCCCGCACCCUCCGCCCGCUUGCACCCCUUGCCACCCGCCCCCUCGCCUGACUCAUCCGCCCGCGGUGGCCGCCCGAGCCCUGGGAUGGAGAGGGAGACCGCAGCUGCCCGCGGCGGCCGAGAUUCCCGCUGACGCCCCCGACCCUGCCGCCUUCUUCGUCCGCCUCCAGAGGCGCCCGACGUCCCGACAGCUGGAGUGAGACCAGGACUGAGAACCGGGAGAGGCGACCCGACCCCCAGGGCCCCGUGCUCAGGACAGCACACAGAGCCACUGAAAAGGACUGAAGAGAGCCAGGGCUUUCCUGGGACAUCUGGCUCUGGAGGUGGAAGUUUUCCUGAUGGGAGUUGAAGGAUUUAGAACCUGAUUGGAAGAGGAAGAAGAAAGGGAGGAGUUAAAAAUAACUGUAAAGAGCCAAAUCUGAGAACUGACCCUGCUAAAAAAGUCAGACAAGUCAAGUGGUGCAGCUGGUGUGUGCUAGAAGAAUAAAAGGCCAAGCUAUGAUAGCAACUGGUGGAGUGAUAACUGGCCUGGCUGCCUUGAAAAGGCAAGACUCUGCCAGAUCACAGCAGCAUGUCAACCUCAGCCCGUCUCCUGCUACCCAAGAGAAGAAGCCCAUCAGGCGCCGGCCCCGGGCAGAUGUUGUGGUUGUUCGUGGCAAAAUCCGGCUUUAUUCCCCAUCUGGUUUUUUUCUUAUUUUAGGAGUGCUCAUCUCCAUUAUAGGAAUUGCCAUGGCCGUUCUUGGAUAUUGGCCCCAAAAAGAACAUUUUAUUGAUGCUGAAACAACACUGUCAACAAAUGAAACUCAGGUCAUUCGGAAUGAAGGCGGUGUGGUGGUUCGCUUCUUUGAGCAGCAUUUGCAUUCUGAUAAGAUGAAAAUGCUUGGCCCAUUCACCAUGGGGAUUGGCAUUUUCAUUUUCAUUUGUGCUAAUGCCAUUCUUCAUGAAAACCGUGACAAAGAGACCAAAAUCAUACACAUGAGGGAUAUCUAUUCCACAGUCAUUGACAUUCACACACUAAGAAUCAAGGAGCAAAGGCAAAUGAAUGGCAUGUACACUGGUUUGAUGGGAGAAACAGAAGUAAAACAGAAUGGGAGCUCCUGUGCCUCGAGAUUGGCAGCAAAUACAAUCGCCUCUUUCUCUGGUUUUCGGAGCAGUUUUCGAAUGGACAGCUCCGUAGAGGAGGAUGAACUUAUGUUAAAUGAAAGUAAGAGUUCUGGGCAUCUUAUGCCCCCUUUGCUCUCUGACAGCUCUGCGUCUGUCUUUGGCCUCUAUCCACCUCCUUCCAAGACAACUGAUGAUAAGAUCAGCGGCUCUAAGAAAUGUGAAACCAAGUCAAUUGUAUCAUCGUCCAUCAGUGCUUUUACAUUGCCUGUGAUCAAACUUAAUAACUGUGUUAUUGAUGAGCCCAGUAUAGAUAACAUCACUGAAGAUGCUGACAACCUCAAAAGUAGGUCAAGGAAUUUGUCAAUGGAUUCCCUUGUGGUUCCUUUGCCCAACAACAGUGAAUCCUUCCAGCCCGUCAGCACAGUGCUACCAAGGAAUAAUUCCAUUGGGGAGUCAUUGUCGAGUCAAUACAAGUCAUCUAUGGCUCUUGGACCUGGGGCUGGACAGCUCUUGUCUCCUGGGGCUGCCAGAAGACAGUUUGGGUCCAAUACAUCCUUGCAUUUGCUCUCGUCACACUCAAAGUCCUUAGACUUAGACCGGGGUCCCUCCACUCUAACUGUUCAGGCAGAACAACGGAAACAUCCAAGUUGGCCUAGGUUGGAUCGGAACAACAGCAAGGGAUAUAUGAAACUAGAGAACAAAGAGGACCCGAUGGAUAGGUUGCUUGUGCCCCAAGUUGCCAUCAAAAAAGACUUUACCAAUAAGGAGAAGCUUCUUAUGAUUUCAAGAUCUCACAAUAAUUUGAGUUUUGAACAUGAUGAGUUUUUGAGUAACAACCUAAAGCGGGGAACUUCUGAAACAAGGUUUUAAUGUUAAAAGAAUAUAUCAAUCAUUUUACAAGGGUUUAUAUUUUAAAACGAUUUUCACUGGUGUUUCCUUCUUAAAGUAUUGGCUGUAAGCCUUUUUAAUCAAGUGGUUUAUAGUGUAUUAGAAUUGGCUGCUUCUGUAAUGAAGAUGGUUGUAUGUUUGGGUUACUUGUGACUGCAGUACUCUAUGUUAUCACAUAUGAUUUUAUUUUUCUCUUCCUUUGAAAGCAUGAUCUUUUAUUAAUAUGAAUACAAAAUACUUGCAUCCAAAUUAAAGCUUAUUUUCUUUACUUUUAAGUUCUUUGAUUGCCCUAUUCAUAAAAUGAAGUGUCCAGUAUGGAAAACAUAGGGUACCAAAGUGUGGCCCAGGAGUACAAAUUCAGUCCCAAUACUCAGUACGUAUUAUAGAUGACUAUGAGUGCAAACCUUAGGAUGUGAUUUUCUGAAUAAUUGUAGGAUUUGGUUAAAUUAUUUAAAAUGAAAAAGAUCUAGUUUCAAUGUGAGCUCAAUAAUGUUAAUUGGUUAAGUUCAUUGUGAAUCUUGAGUUUUAGAUAGGUAGUAUUUUUUUCAAUAUCACUUCUGUUUUUAGUGAUAUUAUAUCAAGAAACAACGUAUUCAAGAGCCAUGGCUGACAGUGCCAGAUAAACUUAGGGAUAAACAUCAAAAUGCAAUUAAUUAUAGUUGCUGUAACUUUAGAUAUUCAGAAUCAAAAUUUAUUUGCAAGCUGACUUGAUAAAAUAAAUGAACCAAUAUAAUUUGUAGAAAUGCUAUCCUGAAAUAAUUAUAUACAUGAAGACAGUGUUGACUAAUGAAUGAAGAUACAUUAUAUACUAGUUAAUGCUAACUAACUAGUCUCGGUACCUUUUUUUAGCCAUCUGUUACCUUCCAAUAGCACCUCAUUCCCACAUUCUAUUUUCCCCCAGUAUUCUUUAGAUCCUGGUAUUUGGAAAACAAUCAAUCAGCUAACCUUGACAUUUCUUUUUACCUUCAUAUGCCACUAUCGCGGUAGUUCAAAAAAAUUUAGUUCUUGAUAAAUUGCCUUGAAGUUUACCUUGUGCUGGAAAGCCUUAUGAUAACUCCAAAGACUUUCUUACGGUAUAAUACAUGUUGUUUAGGAUUGUAGUUCUUAGUUACUGAAGAUAAUAAAUAUUAAAAUGGAUGUUUUCAUCAGAAAAUUUUCAUGUUUUCCUUUAAGGUAACAUAAUUGUAAGAAUUGUUUAAUAAAAUACUCAGGAAAUUCAAAAGGUUUCUCCCAAUACCUAAACAUUUCUGAACAUCAGUAUUGCAGUUGUGGAAGAGCAGAAGUAUGAUACAUUUGUUUCUGUUGCUCCCCAAAAUUCCACCUUGAGUUUGCAUCACAAACUUCCCUCAAUUGAGGCACUUUUAUUUGUUAGAACAUUAAGCCUGUGUAUUGUAAUGGAGUGGGCUCAAUAUUUUACUAUAAAGCAUUUAAUAAACUUCUGUUAUUAAUAGAA